AUGUCAUGGCUCGCUCGCUCCAUCGCCGCCACACUCUCCUCCGCCCACUCUGACGACGAUGAAUCCGAGCCCCCCUCCGGCGACAAGAGCCCGCCGCGCGCCGCCGACCCCACCAGCGCUGACACCGGGGAGUCCGACAAGCAGCCGGACACCCCGAGCCGCGGCGUUAAGGGCGAUAUCUCGGAGCUGACCGAGUCCCUCACCCGCCGGUUCUGGGGCGUUGCCUCCUUCCUCGCGCCACCGCCAGUUGAGCGAGAGACCGAGGGAGGAGGAGGAGGAGGAGGAGGAGGAGGAGGAGGAGGCCACAGCCGCGGAGGUUUUGCUGGGGAAGUGUUGUUUGCAACUGGUUGUGAUACUGUCAAUGUUUACUGUACUUUUGCUCAAACUUGCAACUGGGUCGGAGUUGUUUUUGGAGUUGACAAUUAUAGGUUCAACAUCUAUUUUGAACUGUCAGAUGCGCAGUAUGGACAUGCAGUUGCUAUAGAGCGCCUUGUGCCAAGCCUGUCAUACCUCAGGACUGAGCUUUGCUCUACCAAUAUGAGUGAAGCGUGCUUCUGGAAGAUAUAUUUUGUGCUUCUCCAUUCGAAACUCAGCAAGCAAGAUGCUGAAAUUCUUUCAACACCACAAAUCCUGGAAGCAAGAGAAGGACUAUUGCAAAGUUCACCGACAAAGAACAAGCUGUUAUCAGAAAACAGGAAUGCUACAGAACCAGAAGAUAGUCAGUUGUCACCCUCAAGCAUCCAAGACAAGCGUGGAGUAUCUGAAGCGCCAUCAUCCCAAGAACUAACUUCUGACCCUGUGCCUAAUGUUGAGUCUGACAAGCAUCCUAUCUCAAGUACUGAGGCAGAAAUAGUUGACAAGUCUGUAAUUCAAGAAGAGUUGGUGAUGAAAACUGAGGCAAAGGGUUUACCCACUGAGAAAUCUAACCCUCACCCUGCAGAGGAUGAUGAUGAAAAAGAAGUAGAUGAUUGGCUACAGGAUGUGGAUCAUGUGCCUAGCAAAACUGGCAACACCACUGCAGUUGGGGAGGAGGAAGAUGUAUCCUUCAGCGAUCUAGAGGAUGACUAG